AUGUCGAAGAUUUUGUUGAUGGUGAACAUUCCACAGGAUAUCAUAUUAGACAUCCUUGUCAGGUUGCCGGUAAAACCGAUCGGGCGGUUCAGGUGCGUUUCAAAGGCAUGGUUCAAGUUAUUGAAAGGCGGUGAGUUUGUUAAAAUGCACCACAAGAAUUCUAAUGAAAUGAACAAGUUUAAUAUCAAGCACUAUAUCAUAAAUGAAUUCCUCAUCAUAGGUUUUGAUCCAUCAAUAUCAACAUGUACUGAUCUUGCUAGUGUCAAUUGCUCUACUUCAUCUUGGGGGUGGGCUCAUGAUCCUGACAUUGUUGUCAUCUGGAACUCGUGUACUAACGAAUAUAAGAAAUUACCAUUAUCACCAAGUGAAGAAUCGAUCAAUAAGCUAUCACCAACAGAACAGUUAGGCUUACAAGUUCAAUAUGGAUUUAUUUAUGAUUACAAGAUGGAGGAUUUCAAGGUUUUAAGUCUUGGGGUUUAUAAUAAUAGGCCUCUGUGCGAGAUCCAUGUCUACACAUCAAGAUCUAAUUCGUGGAGAAGACUUGAGGACAUCCCUUAUGAUCUUCAUAACCACUGUGGUUUACCUUAUGUAGCUCGGGAACCUGUUAAUGGAGCUAUUCACUGGAAAGCAUUUCCAGAAGCAACGGGACGGGAAACUGAAGUUAUCCUCUCUCUUUAUAUGGAGAAGGAGCUAUUCGAAGUGAUCCAAAUGCCUAACUUGUGUGGUGGAAUGUUCCGAACAGAUAUAUGUGUGUUAAAUGAGUCUCUUUGUUUAAUUGCCUCUAUUCCUAUGUUAUCACGGGUUGAGUUGUGGGAGUUGAAGGACUAUGGAGUGAAAGAUUCUUGGACUAAACUUUUCAACAUCGGGCAUGUUAUAGGUUUGACACCUUUACGAUCUUUUGAAAAUGGUGAAAUUCUUUUUUGGAAUGUGUACGGAUAA